CUGAGUGUGAAUGUGAGUGAGAGAGCCACCGGGCAAGAACUAUGGAAGGGGUCCUUGGUCGGCGGCGAUGGCGGCGCUUUCCCCUGUACGCGAGGUACCGACCCUCGGUGAGAGGUCUCUUCGGCAACUACCGCUCCUUGUCGCUCGUAGCUUCGCUGCUGUUAUGUCUCCCGGCUCCUGGCUGCCUGUCUGGUGAACACUUUUUAGAUGAUGCAGUAUUGUCAGACAGGACACAUGAGCAAAAUCUGGACAUAAAUGACACACUGGACACCGCCUUAACAAAGCAAAAUCAAGAAUCCAAAAUAAGCACUUCUGCUGUGGAAUCAGCCUUGCAGUCAAGUUUGGACCUAAAAGCAGGAAUCCAACUAAACGCUGAAGAAACCUUGACGCAUGUUAAAAAUCAAACUUGGUCAAGAAAGCUUGUGUUGUCUGAUUCUCAAGAAUCUUCAACCAUUUAUAAUUCACAAGUCACUGCUUCAUCAGAAUCAGUUACAAUGGUGACCGAAGAAUACCAACUAAUUACAUCACUGCAUUUGUUUACGCCAACAUUGUCAUCACCAGUAAUUCCAUUUAGUUUUCUGAAAAACAGUGCCACGAGGCAGUCAUCAGAACCACAGAUCUCAUUGCAUCUUUCAAAUUCCAUCUUGGAUUAUCCGUUAUCUUUUAGAAUAGUUUCAGACAUAUCUAUUCUGCCGUCGAGCAAACUGUCAUUUGAACCUAUAACCACUUUAUUCUCGUCAAUCGCAGUUAGUCAUGCUUUCCAACCUGCCAUAAGUGAAACAAUGGCAAAUUUGGCCUUCAUGGAAUACAGUGAAACAGAUUUGCUGAGUCACAUUGAUGAUGCACCUUAUAGAACAGAGGCCAUCUUUUCUCAUCAUAUGGAAGAUUUCACUCAGGAAAAUGAGAUUUCUUCAACCUCAAAUAAUGUUGCAUUCCUCAGUAGCAAAAGAGAGUUUAAGAUCACUUUAGAAUCUCUGGUUCAUCAUGUUAAAACUCCAGUCAAAGCUAGUUUAACAUCAGAGCUGGUUUCUGAAGCAUGUUCAAGAUCUGAUUUACCUCAACUGUUAGUAUCUACAGAUGCUGCUUUAGUUGACAAUAAUGCAGUAGCGGAUGGAGUGAUUCUGACAGAGUUUAAUGUGCCGUUGCUUUCCACUCACAUACAUCCAUCCCUCUCUCCACAUGGAGUUUUACUUUCUCCAUCCAAAUUACUUCACACACAGUCAUUUAUUAACGAGUUUGGAUCUGGUGAUGAUCUUGAAAUGAUGCCUUUCAGUUUUUCAAACACUGCUGCGUUUGUCCUGGCAUCCAGUUUAGUCUUUGAUUCAUUUGGCUCAGAACUGCUAGACUCUGAAGCCUACAAUACCCACUUUUCAGUUCCAACAGUUUCUGCAAAAUUAAGAUCUUCAUCUGUGCCAUCACUGACAGUCUUACCGUACUAUACCACCACCUCUACAACUAUCUAUCCAGCAAAUCAAGUAUUACAUUCAUCUUUUGAGGAUAAUUUUGAUAUUAGCACAGUUAGUCCUUCACUGCUGGUGGAAGAAACCUUCGCAUUUGCACCUACAGUUGAUGAAUUCAGUGUAGCUAGUGAGCAUUUAAAAUCAACUUUACCUCAGAACAAAAAUGCAAGUUACCCCUCAAUCGUGACUACACAUUUACCAGAAUUCUUAGCAAGUGAAUCCUUUGAACUGACCAGCAUUCUGGAACCAUCUCUGGAUUUGGUUUCUUCAUCAAUAAGUAUUUUCUCAACAGAAACGAGUAUUGUUUCAGCGACAGAAUACUCAAAUUUAUUUGAAUCCUAUCCAGAAGGUUUUUCUGUGUUUGAGACAACCUACCUCGAAAAUUUGUUGACUUCUUCAAAUCUGGAAUCUUCUUUUCUAAAGCCAGAACAUUCAACAUUGAAUAUAUUGGCAACAUCUACUAACCAUACAAAUUUUGCAGUAGAUCUUGAAUCUUCAUUUAUCACUGCCUAUUCUCAUAGUAUUUCAGAAAUGACGUCUUCUUUUGAGUCUCUGUCACCUUCAGAUGAAGUAAUACAACCCACGUUAAUGCCAUCUGUUUUUGAAUCAAGUUUCACAGAGAGAAGCACUCUAACCAGUUCAAAUCGUCUGGCUUCCACAGUUGCAAUCAAUAUAGAUACUCCAAGCUCCACUGUUGAUCUUCCCUAUUCUUCCACUUCAACCCUACUGCAUACUUUUCCCAAUGUUUUACCAUCAUCUACAGAGACAGUUUUGAUUGCUACUUCAUUCCUACCAACUCCAUCACCUCCACCAGUUAGAAACUCUUCGGAUCCAGCUCUUAUGACAAUUUUGACUGUACCAGUCACCAAAACCCAAAUCGAUAAUCCCACAGCUACCCCUUACAGUAGCAGUACAAUGCAGGCUAUCAGCAGUACGACUUUGAAACCCACUUACCCCACGACUACCAGAACCGUAGCUUCUUCAACAGCUCAGAAUUUUGUGUGUGAUGUUAAUGAUCCUAAUUCCUACCUUGUGACAGCAGUGCUCUCCAACAAGGUGACAACACUGCAGGAUGUGGUCCAAUCAAUUAAGGAUAUACUGAGUCAACAUUUCAAACGACAUGUGGAACUUCAGUUCCAGGUUCUCCAAUCAAAACAAGAGCUCUCAUUCAUGGUGACUGCCGGCUCUGUUGUUUUCUCUGGACCAGCUGUGCUUAAUUCUCUCACUCAAACCGCACUUGUUAGUGGCAACGCCCCAAUCAUCCUUUCCCUCCAGCCAGCCCUGGCUGUGCCAGACCAUCAGGCUCAGGUUAAAAUUGUUCUUCAGUUUGUCCCUCGUUAUGUUGAUGUGAGAUUUUGCAACUUCACUCAGAGAAUUGAGAAAGGAUUGACUAUGGCGUUUGCAGAAGUUCACAGAAGACGACAAGAAAGAGAAGGCUUCACAGUCCAGAUUAUAAAUGUUACCCAUGCAGCAGAGAAUUUUGGAGGAUUGCGGCAAGGUCCUGUAAAUAUAACCUUUGCUAUCAACGGUAGAAGAGGCUUCCUGAAUGGCUCAGAUGUGAGCGACUUGCUGAGGAUACUGAACCUGGUGGAGUUUAGUUUUUAUCUGGGAUUUCCUGUCCUAAAGACUGCUGAGCCCAUCUAUUACCCUGAACUUAAUCGAUCGCACGUGCUGAAGGCUUCCUGGAUAAAGACAGUACUCCUAGGUGUGCACGACAACCAUAUACAGGACAAAACCUUCCAGGCUGAACUCGAGCGAAAACUAGCCCAGCUUAUCAGUGAAGCAACUGGGUCAGGGAGACGUCGGAAGCGAGCCAGUACCUUGGGGAAUAACACUGUCCAGGUUGUGAAUAUUACCAAGAUCACUGGUGAUGGGAACCCAACUGAACUGAUUUACUUUGUGGAGAAGCAGAAUGGGGAGCGCCUGGGAGCAAAUGAAGCUGCGAACCUCAUCAACAAAGUGGAUAUACAGCGAGCAGCAAUUGUUCUUGGCUAUCGCAUACAAGGUGCAUUAGCACGACCGGUGGAAAUCAUUGCCACCUCUCCCCCAACAGAUGAAAAUAAGAACCUGUGGAUCAUUGUCGCAGUUCUGGUACCAGUAAUUGUCGUGGUCGUCAUCAUCACGAUUCUGUAUUGGAAGUUCUGCCGAACAGACAAGCUAGAGUUUCAGCCAGACACCAUGAGCAAUAUUCAGCAGCGGCAAAAACUACAAGUGCCAAGUGUUAAAGGCUUUGAUUUUGCCAAGCAGCAUAUUGGACAGCAUGGUAAGGAUGAUGUACUUGUUAUCCAUGAAGGGCUUCCACCUCCCACAGCAAAAGAAGGGGGCACACCCUCAGAGAACGGUGAUGCACCCAAUCCUCAGCCUAAGGCAGCCAAACUCUCCAAGGGCCUUCGACAGAGAAGCAGAAUUUCACCUUCAGAAGGCGAGUCUACAACCAGUGAACAGUCCAGUGGGAGAGAGUCCACUGAAGAUAUUCCCAGACCCCCUGCAACUCCUGCUAGUGGCAACAGACAUACAGUGAUCAAAAAUGGACCUGCUGAGAUCAGCAGGACUGAUGAGCAAACUUCAUCAGCCUCCAUUUUUGACCAUGUUGACCGGAUAUCACGUCCAUCUGAGGCAAGCAAGCAGCUACCAAACAAGAUUCAGCUGAUCGCCAUGCAACCAAUUCCUGCACCUCCUUUACAGAAUCCAUUACUUCCUGAGCGAGUUACUGAAACAAAUAAAAUAAAUAAAGAGGUUCAGCGUGCUUUGAGACAGAAGUCUGAAAUUGAACACCACCGCAACAAAAUCCGACUGCGAGCCAAAAGGAAAGGACAUUAUGAUUUCCCCAUCAUGGAUGAAGUUGAUACCAUUGAUACCAAGGAAAGGCGCAGAGCCUAUCGCAGAGCGCAGAUUCACAUUGAUAGGAUCCUCGAUCCCAGUAUUGAUGGUCCAUCUGUCCUUCUGGAACCAAGGAAAAGUUAUCGUGCCAAAAGAUCUCCACGACAGAGACGGAGACAUCAGAUCAAUGGCAGCAUGAUGGAUGCAGAGAAAGAUAGGUUGAUAACCACAGAUAGUGACGGGACCUACAAGAAACCACCUGGAGUGAACAAUGCAGCUUAUGUUUCGGACCCUGAUCUGCCUCCGGAGCCUAAACCUCAUUCUCCAUCACACACACAUCCUCCCCCUCCUGCUCCCCCACCAUACAUCCCACCACAACCAUCUAUUGAAGAGGCAAGACAGCAGAUGUACUCUCUGCUCGAUGAUGCAUUUGCUUUGGCAGCUCCAGGUAGUCCUGGAAAAGUCUUGUCGGCAGUCUGCCUUGGGCAGGCAGCCACCAGCACUCCUAUCAGGGGAACCAGAGUAUCAGCUAACAACCACUGGACUCCAGUGUAUGAACAACCCCAGAGUUUCAGCUAUUCAUAUGCCACGAGAUAUGAAGAGACAGGAAUGAACUCCUCUUCUGGAGCAGGUCACCUGCACAACCAUAGCACUGGAUAUAUGCAGCCAGGACAGGAGAUUAAGCAGGAGCAGUCCCAUCAGGAACCAGUAUAUUCAAACAGACCUAUAUAUGCUGAGGAACUCAAGACAAGAUCUUCGGGACACAAUCCAGGAAUUCAAGCCUAUUCAGUAUCACAGAACCGUGUUGACAACAGAAUUGGGUCACAGCCAGGUCAGAUGCGUUUUGGGAGACCUGGGCACAUAGGAGAUGCUGGUUGGUCACCUUAUGAUCCUGAAGAUGGACUAAUGCAUACUGCCACAAACAGAGAUACUUCAAAUACUCGAGAGCACCUGGAAUAUGUCUCCCCACAUUUUCAAAUGCAGAGGACAGCACUCCGUGACCCUUCAGCAGCAGCUUUGCAUAUGCAGCAUAGUAAUGCUCAACACCCUGGAGUAAGCUUUGGCUCCACUUGCACAGAAGACCUCAUGCCUGGGCAGUCCUCUACAUCACUCAUCAAAGCUAUCCGGGAAGAACUUCUUAGACUCUCGCAAAAACAGUCAGCAUUUCAGAACCUUCACAGCUGAUCUUAGCAAGGAGGAGCUCUGAGUGAUUUGCUUCCCAUGGAAGUCAAAAGGCAAUCUGGAAUAUAGCCCUGAAGAAGGGGCACUGUAGGGUAGGUAAUACUAUUGACAUGCAAGAAUGUCCAGCACAACCACAGUUUUUUUUUAUCAAUGUGCUUCCAAUAAAGCUUUCACCUUUUUUUCAAUUGAUUGGUGAUACUCUUCCAGUCUGUGAACUGAAUCCAUCAUUGAGUGGAGAUUGCACAUUAUUUUUGUUAUGAAGAAAGGGAAAGAGCUGGAGCUUCUCCUGCACUAGCUAGAUAUUGCGAAAACCUCCUAACGUCAUUAAAUUGUAAACAUCACCAGCAAGCACAAGCUAAGACUAACAUUCCCUUGAAUGCAGUCAUCCCUUAUCUAGGUCAUAUCACAGUUCUACCUAACCCCUUAAAGCCUAUUGAAUUCUAGAUUGUUAAAUGGGGAAGGUUAAGGGAAAGGAUGGGAGGAGGGAACGAAUUCACAAGAUUUUGAGAGAAGGAUGUAUUGAUCAAUGGCAAUAGAAAAGAAAGUGGCAAGACCUGAAGAGAUGAGUUCCAGAGCUAGAAUGCAGGGUGAUGAAGCAAUGAACAGUUAGCCUUGGAUAGUUGAUCUUUGGGUUUUUUUAAAUGUGUAAUAAAUGCAGAAUAGAAAUUGAUUCUGAGCAUGUAGGUCAAUGAGUAUUUGAUAGUUGUGAUCAUAUUAUUAAAGAUGACUUUUUACAUUAAGUAAUCAACUUGAAAAGACACUCGACUCUGUAAUUUGGACCAAGAGGGGAUCAGAAUCAGAUCAAUGAUUACAUCAUGCUAAGCUUAAGACUUUAGAGACUGACAGAGGAGAUCAAAGUCCACAAGAUAUAAAAGGUUAUGCAGUUGUUUAGUGCUGAGAAAAACUAUGAAUAUUAAAUUUGAUGUAAAAUUUCUCAAUUGAAGUGCAUCUUUAAGGUGGCUAUUAGAUUAUAUAUUGACUCUGAUAGGGAAUAUGGUGCAGAAAAUAACUUGACAUUCUGUCCUAUCUGUAGGAAAGGGGAAUUUGGAGCAAAUUAGUUUGGUUGAAUUCCUUUGCACAACUCUACAGCAAUAAACUAGGUAAUUGUAAUUGUAAAUAAUUGUUGGUCUUCACCGAUCAAACCUUGACUGCAUUUUAAAAUUGUUCUUCUAUUGCGAAGACUAAAUGCAGAAUCAUAUCACACUUCAUUGUGAAUUCUCAUUGUUAGCCACAUAGUAUCACUGUACAUUAAUCAAUUCCUGCAUGUAGUUUGGUCCAUGACCAUUUCUACUUAAAAGAAAGCCGAGUACUGUGGAUGCUGGAAGUCUUAAAUUCUGUAAGUACCUAGCAGAUCAAGUAGUAUCUAUGGAGAGAGAAGCAGGAAUAAACAUUUUAGGUGACAUUAAUUCUGUUUCCCUGUCAUAGGGUAUCACGCAAUCUGCUAUUUCCAGCAUUUCCGGCUUGAGUUACCACUUCUCUUAGCAGAGUAAGUUGAAAAUUACUUGAUCACAUGAUUAGAUGAAUUACAAGGUUAUACUGGGUGGAGUCCAGUAAUCCUACUGAUGUUCCUUCACAAUCAUUGAAAGCUGUAACAGAUUUGCUGAAAUGACUAUGAUCAGGGUUAUUCUUUAGGAUUUCUUUGGAUGAAUUCUUUCCACAUGAGAUUCCAUAAUUUUUACAAAUAUGUUGAAGAUAUAUUUCUGUGUCGCUCUCCAUUAAUAGGUGGUCUUUUUGUUAGUAUGUACAUGCACCAUGGUUUUGUUCUGUUAUCAGCAAAUUGUUUGUUUGUCAACAUAAACACUCAAUGCAUGGUAUGGUUCAGACACUGUCUUAUAGCAUUUAAUGGAGUUGACAAGGAUCACCUUUAUUCUGGGUUAAGUGCAAUGUGAGUACUUAACUGGUCAGCAGACGGCCUUCCCAAGGUUGGAAGUCCCACCUGCCUAGCUGGCUGCUACAUGAAUGGCAGUGUCACCUGGGAGGCAGCAACUGCUGCCUGGUCAAUGUCCACCUAAGGACUGAAAAAUAAACUGCAAAAUAAUAGAUUUUAUCCAAGUCAUCUGGAUCUAAACCCAUUGUAAAAUCACUGAUGAAAUUUCUGAAUUACAAUCAGUAUUAUCCUCCUCUGUAUUGCUUUUAUAGGACAACGGUCCCUCUCGCAACCAAUAAACUAUUUUCUGCUUUGCAAAUGACAUCAAUAGUUACAGGGAAAAGGAGGAGUGCUGGUAAUAUCACUGAACUGGUUACUCCAAGUCCCAAACAGAUGCUCUGGAAAUAUAGAUAUGAAACCCACUACAUCGGCUAGUGUAAUUUCAAUUCAAUUAAUGAAAUCUGGAAUUGAAAGCUGAUCGCAGUGAUGACAGCGAUCAUCGAACAUUUCAAAAAUCCAUUUGGUUCACUAAUGCCCUUUAGGGAGUUAAGUCAUCCUUACCCAGUCUGAUCUACACAUGUUUCCAGACCUGCAGUGAUGUAUUGAGUCUUAAUUGCCCUCUGAAAUGACCUAGCAAAGGUAAUUAGGGUUAGACAAUAAAAUCCUAUCUUUGCAAGUGACACAUGCCAUGAAAGAAUAGAGAACAGUAAAGUAUUUCAUGUAACUAUUCAUGUUUUGCAAUUACAUAGCUGUUAAAUAUCACAACUGGCAGAAAUCUUAUUUCUGUGGUGGUUGCUCACAGAACAUAAUGAACUUCACUUUGUUGUGUGGAGAAUUUAUACGUUUUGGAGUUUUAUUGUCGGAGAUGUUGGCUGGCCCAACUUUUUUUGUAUGUGAUUUGAGUUAGAUUUUCUUGUAUUUAUUUUGCUGAUGGUUCUCCAUGUUUUACAAUGUAUUUUCUACUCUGCAUGUUUCAUACUGGCAUCAAUUAAAUAGCAAUGUUUUGCCUCAUUUAUACUCUACCAUGUAAUGUUACAGUGUUCUUGCACAGAUCCAGUACAUUUGAAGGUGUUGUAAUGGCCAUGGUAUCAUUUCAUGCAAAUAUAUGUUUAUCUAUUGAAGGUUACUUGCUGCAAAAUAGUCCCCAGAUGAUUUAAAAAUUGUAAUUGACAUGAUAUUAAGACAGAUCAAGAAAGCCUCAUAUUUGACUAUUUGGUUUCUGUUCACUUAACAGAUCUUAGCAAAGAGCACCAUUUGGGUGGGUGCCAUAAUGGACCUGUGUUCCUCAGUUAUGGCAGUGAUUGAGGAAUCUAAGUCCUGAUCUCACAGACUGAGGAAAGUCUCUGGAUGAACUCCAUUGUCUAGAAAUUUAAAAGCAUUCUUACAAAAACUAGUGGUUAGGGAAGAUAUCUGAGACAAAUGCAAAUGAAACCAUAGCACAAUCAGAAAUCAGCAAAAAGAAGUGGCAAAAUGAGUAACAUUGCCAAUACUUCAUUUGUUUAAGCCCUAACCCUUUAUGGUGACCUAUAAUUCAGUGUAAAUUGUCAUAAUCUAAACUGCCACCUGUUAAGAAUGUAUAAAGCAGAAAUAUUUGUCAUAUGGAAAUGUAAUUAUAUACAUUGUCCAUUGAUCCAUCACUAACAUAUUUCAUAUCAUUAACUAUUGAAAUAUCCCUCAUCUAGAAGUUUUCAGGGCUUUGUGUGGUCACAUUUGCAUAUUACUGAGAGAUCUCCGGUCUUGGUGAAUGUGAAGAUCGCAGAGCAUCCCAAGAAGAGGUAUUGUUCAAUCUCUCAACAUCACAAAGAUAUCUAUUAUUAAUCACUAAUAGAUUCAUGGUAGUGAAAAUAGAAGAGCUUUGUUCCUUGUUUAAAUUGCCACUAUUUGUGAGAGAAUUCUGAAUGUAAAAUGUAUUGGUAACUUCUUUAUGACUUUGACAAAGUAAUAGAAUAUGUUGCAUUGUACAUUUGGGCUCCAGGUGAUGGAUUAGAGAUCUGGGACCAGUGUACCGUUCACUACAGCCACCAGGAGUUUGAACAUAAUUCCAAUCGUAUCACAAUUUAUUUACUGUUGCCUAUGUUUUUCAAAUAAAUGUGUUUAUUCACUAUGGUAAAGAGAAGAA